GAGUGUGGACCCACUAACCAGACAGCUGGAGGGGUUGUACCAGCAGCUGUCAGGAGUGGGAGGGGGGCACAGCUCCCCCCUGCCCCCAUAGAGCUGUUCGAGCCCUUCCUGGCUGUCAUUAGGUCAGAGGACACGACUGGGCCAAUUACCAGGGACGCUCUCAAUGCUGUGAAUAGAAUGCUGGGCUAUGGGCUGUUAGACCCACCACCACCACCACCACAGCCACAGCCACAGCCACAGCACCACCACCACCACCACCACCACAUCUCUGCAGCGGCUGAAGCGAUCUCGGCUGCUGUGACGAGGGCGCGGUUUGUUGGCACAGAGGCCGCAGCAGACGAGGCUGUGCUGUUCGGAAUACUGUGGGUGCUGCGAGCUCUGGUGCUGUCCAGGGCUGGCUCGCUGCUCAGUAAUGACAGCAUCUGCGAGAUUCUCAAUUCUGCGUUCAGGAUCUGCUUUGAGACCCGUUUGAGUGACUUACUGCGCUGUUGCACCGAGGAGGCACUGCGGCAGAUGGUUACUCUAGUGUUCUCUCGACUGCCUCUCUAUGCUCUGGAUGACAAUAGCAACCAAAGAAAACUGAAGAUGAGAGCUGGAAAAUCAAGGAAAGGGGUCACGCAGGAGGUCAAGAACGGGUCGGGUGGUGCGGAAGAGGUCGCCACAGGUCACCCGCCAGUUUCGUCGCGAUCCGUCGACUCGUUGCAGAGUUACGAGCAAAAUAGUGAAGUUACAUCUGGGGUUUGUGAUGGAAAUGUGUCUCUUGGUGACGGUAUCGCUCAGAAAUCAGGGAAGGAGGUCACGCAGGAGGUCAGGUCAGUGUCGGAGGGUGCGGAAGGGGUCGCGACAGGUCAUGUACCGGUCUCGUCCCAAUCGGUCGACCCGGUCCAGAGUUACGAGCAAAAAAGUGUACCAUACAAGCAGGAACAAGAUCAGUCCGUUGGAGAGUCAUACAAGCAGCAAGAUCAGGAUGAGGAUCAGCUCACCACAACCACUACUACUGCUACUACUACUACUACUAUUCCAACUACUACCACGCUCACCCCGGAUAGUCCAGACACGGCGAAUAGUCAACUAUCCACGCACCUAGACAUGGAUAGUAGCCUGAAUAGUGUGGAUAGUCAAGAUACUACUACUACCACUACUGCUGCUACUACUACUGCUAUAACUCUGGAUGGCAGUAGUAGUAGUGUCCAGUCUGCCUCCUUAACUAUCGCUAGUACUAUUCUGGCGGAUAGUAUGGAGGAGGAAGAAGCAGGAGGAGGAGGAGGAGGAGGAGGAGGAGGAGAAGAAGAGGAGGAAGAAGGAGGAGGAGGAAGAGAAGAAGAAGACAAAGAAGGAACAAGCAAACAGCAAGAUCAAGAUGAAGAUUCCCCGAGAACCAGCUCCGACAUUGAAAACCCCGUUCAUAAAGCAAAGUUCGGACAAAACGACCCGUACGUAAACUCACAGGGUGUCAAAUUCACACCGGAGGAGCAGAAGGGUGGCGGAGAGGCAGACCCACAAUGCACUGGCUCCAAAUCGACUGUAGUGCACCCCUACGGCCUGCCAUGCCUCCGAGAACUGACUCGAUUUCUCAUUUCCUUGACUGCUGUGGACUCUGGCCAAAACACACCUAAUAUGGUGAUUGUAGGCCUAAAACUGCUGACUGUAGGCCUAGAAAUGGCAGUGGAGCAUAUAGGCACAUCCCAGGGGCUUAUAGGCCUAUUGAGGGACCACCUAUGCAGGAAUCUACUCCAGCUUAUCGACGUAAAAAGUGGUAAAGCUAAGAUACACGUUUACAUCUGCGCGUUGAGAGUUUGUGGUAUUCUGUGUGAGUCGUUUCGCAUACACCUUAAAUUUCAGGUGGAGCGGAUCGUGGAGAGGCUGAUUGAGACUGUCUCGGCGGAGGGCGGACAUGUCACCUGCCAGCACCGCGAACUGGCACUCCAAACUCUCGUCAAUUUGUGGAGAAUCGAUGGUUUUGUGACGGAGACGUAUGUAAAUUUUGACUGCGAUCUGUACUCUGUGAAUUUGCUGGAGGAGGCGAUAAAGGCACUGUCCAAGCAAGUUUUCCCACUCCAGGGGCAGCUGCCUACCAAUCUCCUGUGCCUGGACGCUCUCAUAGGCCUGCUGGCGGAAAUCGACGAACGUGGACAUAGAAAGGAGUCCGGAAAUGAGAGAAAAACGGAGGAAAACAAGAUGGAAAUUGUUGAAAAUGAGGCCGUUUGCGUGUGUGUUCGCCCGCCAAAACUCCAAAUUCGCGCUAAGCUGAGCAAUUCUACGGAGCUGAAGGUCGAUGAGCUGGUGAAGAGGAAGAAGCGUAAAGGAAUCAUCGCACACGGAACGGACUUAUUCAACAGUGUGAAACCAGAGAAGGGAAUCAAAUAUCUCAUCGAACAGAAAGCCAUUUCGGAAAAACCUCAAAAUAUCGCUGAAUUUCUACGCGAGAACCCAACGCUGUGUAAGAAACAGCUGGGGAACUAUCUCUCCGCCAAGAAGAACAUUGAGAUCUUAACAGCGUACAUCCAGACCUUCAAUUUCACUGGGUUACGCAUUGACGAAGCCUUACGAACCUUUUUAGAGACUUUCCGACUGCCAGGAGAAGCACCACUCAUCUCUCUAAUUAUGGAACACUUCUCUCUGAUCUGGUUCAGCCAAAAUAACAGCCCUUUUGCCUCCCCGGACAGCGCGUUCACUCUCUCGUACGCUGUUAUAAUACUGAACGUGGACCAGCACAACCCAAACGCCAAGAAACAGUCCCUUCCGAUGACGUUACAGCAGUUUCAGAAUAAUUUACGAGGCGUCGACAGUGGCAAGGAUUUCAACCAGGAUAUGCUGGAGGAGAUCUUCAAUGCUGUCAAGUCGGAAGAGUUUAUCCUUCCGUCGGAGCAGAGCGGAGCAGUACGGGACGACUAUCUGUGGCGAAAAACCGUCAACCGUUCGGAAAUUGACCAAUCCGGGUAUCAGCUGUCGAACGGGACGGACGCCAUGGACCGUGAACUAUUCCAACUAUCCUGGGGUCCGACUAUCGCUGCUCUGUCGUACGUGUUCGAUAAGACCUCGGAUAGUACGACCAUUCACACUAUUCUGUCCGGAUAUCGUCGGAUUGCGUCGAUAUCCGCAAGAUUUUGUAUGACGGAUGUUUUUGACAAUCUGAUAGUCACCCUGGCCAAGUUCACUACUCUGACUAUGACGCCUGACUAUCCGGAGGCCCUAGCUGUUAGUUUCGGGGGCAGUGUCAAGGCGCAGCUGGCCCUGUCGGAACUAUUUGACCUGAUAGUCGAUUAUGGCGAUAGUAUGCGUGACGGCUGGAGGAAUGUCAUCGAGGUUCUGGUUGGACUAUUCAAGGCUCGACUACUGCCCAGUGGUCUCACGGAUGCGGUCGACUAUCUGCAGCCGGAUGGGAAGAUCUCGCUACUACCGACGACCACCACCACCACCACCCCAGCCAAGUCGGAAAAUAGUCUACUAUCGUCGCUGUAUUCCUACAUAGCCCUAUCGAGCCACCACAGACGCGCACACAGACGCACACACACAGAGGCGGCCAUGUGCGCUAGUGCCUGUGUGCGCGAGUGUAAGAUUGAACGGCUGGUGACUGAGAGUGUGUAUUUACGCACACACACACUGACCGAGGCCUUGUGUGCGUUUCUGGCCCACGCGCACAUGGACGGCCAGAACGCGCACAUGGACGCGCACACACAAGCCUUCCUUCUUGAGUUUGUCACCAACAUACUAUCUGCCAACAAGGAUCGCGCACACAAACUAUUCUCCUGUGUGCGCGAAUCCAUGUACGCAAUAUUUGUGCACACGCAGACUAUUGAGACUAUUUUCGCCUUCGAGCGUGUGUGCGUUUGUGUGUUGCGACUAUCAGGUGUACUAUUGCGGCGAGAGUGGUCCGAGUGGUCGUCAUUGGAUAGUCUCCGCUGGUUUCUGACUAUUCGACCAAAACUGAUGCGGAGAGUUGCCUGCCAGAUCCUCCACGGCCUGAAGGAGAUACUGCUGGCAAGUGUGGAGAACAUUCGCUCGGAGGAGGAAUGGAAGACGGUCUUUGCAAUAGUGGCUUAUGCUGCUGCUGGGGUCAAGCCACAAGGAGGAGGAGGAGGAGGAGGAGGAGGAGGAGGAGGAGGAGGAGGAGGAGGAGGAGGUGUGUCUCCAAGCUCGGACAGUGAAGGAACAGUCGACUCUGGGUUAGGAUCGGAAGAAUAUGUACCACCACCACCACCACCACUGCUACUUGUGUCUGAAGGAAGUGGUAGCAGUGGUAGUAGCAGUGGUGGUGUGGGGAGCCAGAGUAGUGUACUAUCAAGAACCGAGAGCCCCGAUAGUAGUAAUGGCGGCUGGAUAUUGGUCAGCCCAGGGGGAGAUGUCGAGCUACCACAACCACCACCACCACCACAGCCGCCACCACCACCACCACCACCACAAUGGGGCCUAGUACCAAACGUGUUCCUAACUUCCCACAGCCCCAGAGCACUCAUGGCCGGCACUGUCCUAAUUUCCAGCCUCUCUAAGGACUACAGAACGGUGCUGACGCUCGGAGGGGCUGCCAAUUGUUGUAGGAUGUUGGUAGAGGCUGCUCUCAAUUGUGGGUACAUCAACCAACAACUAUCGGAAGUGCGUCACCACCACCACCACCACCACCACCACCACCACCACCACAACCUACCACAAUUGAAGAAGAAGAAGAAGAAGAAGAAGAGCAGCGAAGAGGAGGAGGAGGAGGAUUGCAGUAGUUGUGGUAGCGAUUGUGGUGGUAGCAGUGGUGGUAGCAGUGGUGGUGGUGAUGGUGGUAGUCAUCAUCGCCACCAUCAGCUUCUCUAUCAACAAGUCUCCGAGAAGCUUCUCGACUUGAUGGGCACACUGCACACGACAGCUGGACAAUUUGCAAACACCCACAAUCCCACUACUACUACUACUACUACUACUGCUACUACUACUGCUGCUACUACCACUGCUACUGCCACUGUUUGGAGUGUAGUUAUAUGCCCACUGCUACAAGGAAUUGCCCGGAUGUGUUGUGACUAUCGGCCAAGUGUUAGGAGCCAGGCCCUAACCACCCUGCAACGUUCCCUACUGGCUCAUGACUAUCUGCUACUAUCGGCCGGCCAGUGGGAGGCUCUCUUCCACACAGUACUAUUUCCACUGCUGUCUGCCCUCAUACUACCACCACCACUACCACAAUUCACACACCUACCAACAUCGCCCUCCCUACCACAAUUCGCCCCAGCACCGCUCGAGGAAGCCAGGCUCAGGGCUGCCACGCUGGUCACCAAGGUGUACCUCCGCCACCUGUCACCACUACUAACACUACCAACAUUCACCGCACUGUGGCUGACCAUCCUGGAGUUCCUCGACAAGUAUCUCUCUCUCAGCUCGGACCAUUUGAGAGAAGCUGUCCCGGAGAUGCUGAAGAACAUGCUUCUAGUAAUGGAGACGACAAAGGUUUUCCAUACAGCUGAUGGAUUUACUAAACUGUGGUCCAUCACCUGGGACAGAAUUGAUGCCUUUUUGCCAUCUCUUCGCCAUAACGUUUUUCGCUCCCACCCGCCUUCUGAAAUACACAGUUGGGACACUACCACCACCACCACCGCCACCACCACCACCACCACCACCACCACCACCACGAAGAUGGAGGAAAAGGAGGAGGAGGAGGAGGAAAAGGAGGAGGAGGAGGAGGAAGAGGAGGUGGAGGAGGAGGAGGAGGAGGAGGAGAAGAGAGAGUUUGUUCCUCCAACCAUUCAAGAACAACAGGCAGCCAGAUUAUCACUGAGCCUAGAAAACCUUCCGGAAAUCAUUGAAAACACCAAUAUUAUCCUGCAGCCUCCACUCCCACCACCACCACAGGCUCCAGCAGGAAUCAACCAAUCAGCUUGCAGGAUUUCGGAGGGGGUGAUCUCAGCUGGCCAAUCACAGAGCAGCAUCCCACAGGCCAGCCAAUCAGCUCUCCCCAUUAUUCUACAGAGCCUACCUGUCUUUACGGACGAAGGGACUUAGAGGCAAGAUGAAGAUUAUUAUUAUUAUUAUUAUUAUUAUUAUUAUUAUUAUUAUUGUUAUUGUUGUUGUAUAUAAUUACUAAAGAUUAUAUUAUACCAAAUUAUAUUAGCCUAGUAGUUACAUAGAGUUUGAACUACAUAUAUUAUUACUACUACUACUACUAUUUGUAUAUAUAUUAUUAUUAUUAUUAUUAUUAUUAUUAUUAUUAUUUAUUUGUCAUUUCUCUCUCUCUCUCUCUCUCUCUCUCUCUCUCUCU